AUGGCCACUGAAAACAACCCACCUCCCCUCACCCACGUCCUCGAGACAUGCCUCUACGUGCGCGAUAUCCAUGCUUCAAGGAAAUUUUAUGAGGAUGUGCUGAACAUUAAGCCGUUCAUGCAAUCGCACCGCAGUGCCUGCUUCUCCCUAGGCAAUACAACUCUCCUCCUCUUCCAACUGGGCCAAACAGACGCAGAUAUUACUACUCCCAGCGGCGUCAUUCCUGGCCAUGGACCCAGCGCGCAGAUCGUCGCGAAGCUCAACGCAGCCAAAGAGGGCGAUGGCGACAUUGACAGCCUGAAGCAGCACUUCUGUGUCGCCGUCCAGAGUACCGAAGAUGUAGCGAAGUGGGAAGCAUACCUCCAGAAAAAGGGGGUUCCGAUUAUCAGCUGCACGAACUGGGAACGCGGUGGAAAGAGCAUUUAUUUUGCGGAUCUUGAUGGGCACCUUGCCGAGAUUGCGUCGAGGGGGAUCUGGCCGCAUUAUUAG